UUGAAAUGCUACAUUUGGUUUGCCUACGACAAAUUCUCUUGUUUAGGCUGUCAGAAAAUUUCUUCUCUGCGUUUCGCAAAAAUGUCCAGUUUAAAACUCCUCCAGGGAAGCUUUAAUAAAUUGCAGCUUCGAAAUGUGGUGUCCAGGUCAUUCCUCGCCGUAAGAUGCGUGUCCAAUCAAGCUGAUACAGAGACACACACAGGGCAAAAAUGGGACAGUGAUGAUUAUCGCUUGGCUCGAUUCGUGAAUGCGCCGAAACACGUCAAUCCUAAUUGGGCUAUCAAAAUGAUAGAUGAAGUACCACCCAAAGAAUGCCAUGAGCGGGUAAUUGCUUGUGAUGGUGGUGGUGGCCCAACUGGCCAUCCAAAAGUAUUCAUUAAUUUGGAUAAACCUGGAAAUCAUGCUUGUGGCUACUGUGGGUUGAGAUUUUUCAAAGGAGAUCACCAUCAUUAGUAUGGGAAGACCUUAGAAAAUUGCAAUCAUGGUUAAAUGAUAUAAAUGUAUAAACUGAUUCAACAACUAGUUGUGUAAUUUAAAUUAAAUAUGUAGAACAA